ACAUCAGAUUGAGUUAUAUCAUCCGUAAACACCAUCCAUCUUGAUUCUCAUACAUUGUUUUCUUUCUUUCCGAUUUCUUGUUAUCAUAUAUGGGAGAGCAGAGGCAACCUUUUCGUUUUCGACUCCCGUGGCUGUCAUCAGCUGCCACUACCCGUCCUGUAGCUGCUCCACGUCCUGCAGCUCAAACUGAAGCCCCUUCUCAGCCGAACACUACAGUCUCUGUCCAACGACCACCAUUUCGGCCUGCGGGGACUGCCCCACGACAGACCUCUUCAACCCAUGCUCAAACACACACACCAAAAAAAGAACCUCAGCCAGUAUCACCAUCUCGGGUACCCACACAAGCAAGUGCUGUCUCUGUCCCUCAAUCUCCAUCACGUAUUGUUUCCCAGCCUCAAUCAACAGAACAGGCAGUCUCCAAGCAACAAUCCUCAUCGCAUUUGACCUCUCAGCCAACAGGCCAAACAUCUCUGUGGUCCGCUUCUCCAUCACAUCGAGCCACUCAAGCGCAACCAUUGUCUCCAACAGCUAUACAAGAAAGGUUCCAAACUCCAAGUUCCAGUCGAUCCCCACCAUCUGCCUCACCAUACUAAACCAUCUGGUGUUGCAGUAACGCCUUCAC